GGGGUUGCGAAACCGACCGCUUGAAACCCCCAUAGGGCGUGGCGACCCAACGCCAACUUGACAAAAACCAAUUGAGAGGCGACCGCAUGACGUGCUUCCUUCGCGCAUCCAGCACGACCGUGCGCUUCCUCAACAUUGUGAUCGCACUGCUCCAGGUGACCGCGGGUCUCAACGGCGUCUUUAGCUUGACCCACCUCGUGACGCUCGACUGGGCGCCCGUCUUCAUCUCGGCGUACGCGAUGCUCUUUGCCAUUCCGCUCCUCCUUUUCGAGUGCAAGUGCAAGGUCUUCCAGACGUCAUUGCGCCACCACUGCGGCUUUCUCUUUCAUUUUUACGGUCGGUGCGGGUACCUACUCUUCAUUGCGCUCCUGGACGUCGGCGUGCCCGGUGGGCUCGGCGUUGUCGCGGCGCUCACGAUUGCCGGGACGAUCGGGCUCAUGCUCUUCCUCCGCUGUUGUGGCGCCAAGGACGACGUCGACGAAGAGGAGGUGGCGCUGACGAGCCGCACGGCGGCGCAAGACUACCAGGCGCUUGCGUCGUCCAAGACUGUCAAGAAGGUCGUCAAGCUCACAAGUAUUACUACGACGGACCUCCAAGCGAAAUACACAGAUUUUGAGGACCAUACGACGACGCUAGUGUACUAA